AUGCGUAAUCAAUCCAUUCUUUCCUUCGCGCUGGUCGCAUUCGCCUCUACCUCCCUUGCUACUUCAUCUGUGGUUGAGAGGGGCAUGCCAAUCGAGGACCUUCAUGCUGCAAUUGUUUCCGCUGGUGCAGAAUUCGACCAGCUAACAGCGCGUGGCCAGGCUGAAUUUGCUUCCCUCGCUGCCUCUGCAGUCGAAAGAGAUGUAGAAGCGCGAGCAAACGAUGCCGCCUCACUACUUGCACUACUCCCGGCAGGCCAUGGUUCCUCGAAACGUGAGCCAGAAGAGGAAUCCAAAAGAGCAGAUAGCGCCGCUGGCCUUCUUGCUCUUCUUCCAGCAGGGCAUGGCUCUGACAAGAGAGCCGAUAGUGCAGCUGGUCUUCUUGCUCUCCUUCCAGCUGGCCAUGAAAAGCGUGAGCCAUCUGAAGAGGAGGUUAAAAGGGCUGAGAACGCCGCUAGUCUUUUAGCUCUCCUUCCAGCAGGCCAUGGCGCUGACAAGAGAGCCGAUACUGCCGCCGGCCUCCUUGCUCUCCUUCCAGCAGGACAUGGCGCUGAUAAGAGAGAUAACGCAGCUUCUCUUCUCGCAUUGCUUCCUGCCGGUCAUGGCUCCGACAAACGAGAGCCAUCCGAAGAGGAGGUCAAGAGAGCUGAGAGCGCCGCUAGUCUUUUAGCUCUCCUUCCAGCAGGCCAUGGCGCUGACAAGAGAGCCGAUACUGCCGCCGGCCUCCUUGCUCUUCUUCCAGCAGGGCAUGGUUCUGGUUAG